GCAUCCAGCCAGGGGAGAAGAGGCCAGCCGAAGACAUUCCAACUCGCUUCUCAGUGUUGUUUCCACAUCAUUUUCACUAAGCCUUCAAGAUGACUACCAAGGAGAAGCUGAUCACCCAUGUGUUGGCUGGUGAGCCUGUUGGCUCCCGGAGCAAGGUGACAGUUGUUGGCGUCGGCAUGGUUGGCAUGGCCUCCGCAGUCAGCGUCCUACUCAAGGACCUGUGCGAUGAGCUGUGCCUGAUUGACGUGAUGGAAGAUAAACUAAAGGGUGAGGUCAUGGACCUGCAGCAUGGCAGCCUCUUCUGCAAGACUCACAAGAUCGUGGGCGACAAGGACUACAGUACGACUGCCCACUCCAAGGUGGUGGUGGUCACAGCCGGUGCUCGUCAGCAAGAGGGUGAGAGCCGUCUGAACCUGGUGCAGCGCAACGUCAACAUCUUCAAAUUCAUAAUUCCCCAGAUCGUCAAGUACAGCCCCAACGCCAUCCUGCUGGUUGUCUCCAAUCCUGUUGACAUCCUAACCUACGUGGCUUGGAAGCUGAGUGGUUUCCCCCGUCACCGCGUCAUCGGUUCUGGGACCAACCUGGACUCUGGUCGUUUCCGCCACCUGAUGGGCGAGAAGCUACACCUUCACCCAUCCAGCUGUCACGGCUGGAUCAUUGGAGAGCAUGGAGACUCCAGCGUGCCCGUAUGGAGUGGUGUGAAUGUUGCCGGUGUUUCCCUGAAGGGCCUGAACCCAGACAUGGGCACAGACGCAGACAAGGAGGACUGGAAGCACGUCCACAAGAUGGUGGUCAAUGGUGCCUAUGAGGUCAUCAAGCUGAAGGGUUACACCUCCUGGGCUAUCGGCCUGUCCGUCGCUGACCUGGUUGAGAGCAUCCUGAAGAAUCUCCAUAAAGUCCACCCUGUAUCCACCCUGGUCAAGGGGAUGCACGGUGUGAAGGAGGAGGUGUUUCUCAGCGUGCCCUGUGUGCUGGGAAACAGCGGUCUGACCGACAUCAUCCACAUGACUCUGAAGCCCGAGGAGGAGAAGCAGCUGAGCAACAGCGCCGAGACCCUAUGGGGCGUACAGAAAGAGCUCACCUUGUAAAGAGUCCUGUGUGCCCUUCUGUAACAUCCCCAACCCCCAAUCCCACCUUCUGUAUACCCGUCCUUGUUCUCCCCUAUAGUCUUACUAUUGAUGGUACAAAUGAAGCCUUUUAGGCAGGAUCAAUUAUGUACAGUAGCUUAGUUGAAAAGCCAAUCAAAGUCAUUUUGCUGUUUCAAGAUAUUAAUGUGUUGGCUUGUACUAUGUCAUCGAUGUUUCUUGUGUUAUUCACACUCUUUUCCUGUUAAUGUUUUAGAAAGUGAUUGAAAUUGUGAGCAGGUUGAUUUCCACCAUUGCACUCUUUGUUUAGUGUGUGCGAGAGUUGGCCAGAGCCAUUCAGUUGCAAAACUAAGGUGUGUUUGUUUGGUAUCGGUAGAAAGUAAGACUAGGACUAGGUCUGAAGAAAGGCAGUGGGUUUGAACACACUGCCAAUUGCACUGUACCUGCUCUUUUGUAUGUCAAUAACUAAAAGCGUUAUAAACAUUGGAAUUGUCUGGGUGCUCACAUAAAAAAAAAUCUGAUGGCACAAUCUGAUGGCACUUUCGAAUGUUAUGUUUUGGGUUAAAACCUGACCUGUAAGUAACUGAUGGUUACAAUCAAUGUUCUGUGCACCCUAAAUGUCUGCUCAGUUUUGUCACCGUUAAUGAUGAUUUCUUAAAAUUGGAGUUUGGGCCACUGCGGCUUCAGUCCAAAGCCACAUGGAGAUGUAGCUUUGGACUGAAGCCUCAGUGGCCCAAACUCCGCUGUGAUGGUACUGCGAUAAAGGCCUAUAUAGUUAUUAUGAGCUGAACUGGAACUACGGCUCUGUCCUGUGCUUGUCAAGGCAGCUGAAUGUACACAUGUUCCGAUUUUCUUCACCACCAACCAAAUAAAACU